ACUUCAAUUAAAAUUUAGAGGCGGGGAGCAAACCAGAAACACUGAAGUUGCACCGAUUCUCUCUCUCUCUCCCUCUCUCUCUCCGUCGAUUGGGAGAGAUUUUGCGUUCCGGUGAUCAUCGGAGGUGAUGUGAUCUUUCUUGUGGUUGGGAGAGUGAGUUUUGAGCUUAUGGCUGGAUUAGUGGCGCGCGACGGGGCGACGACGCCGACGUCGGCUAUGGAGGGGUUAAAGAAGAAGGCGGCGGCGAGGAGCUGGAUUUUACUGGAUUCCACCGGGGAAGAGACAAUCCUGGAUGUGGAUAAGUAUGCAAUCAUGCACCGAGUUCAGAUCCAUGCUCGGGAUCUGCGGAUCCUCGACCCCCUCCUCUCAUAUCCUUCUACUAUAUUGGGCAGGGAACAGGCGAUUGUUCUCAAUCUCGAGCAUAUCAAGGCGAUUAUAACUUCUGAAGAGGUUUUGCUGAGGGAUCCUUUCGAUGACAAUGUUAUCCCGAUUGUGGAGGAACUUCGGAGACGCCUACAGCCUAUGGCUACGCAGCAAGGCGAAGGGAGGGAGAACUUGAGUGGUUUGCAUGAUUUAGAAGUUCCUGAUGAAGAUGAAUCCCCUUUCGAGUUCCGAGCCCUGGAAGUUGCUCUGGAAGCAAUUUGCAGCUUUCUUGAUGCCCGAACAACAGAACUGGAGACAGCUGCCUACCCAGCCUUGGAUGAACUUACUUCAAAGAUUAGCAGCCGAAAUCUGGACCGGGUGAGGAAAUUGAAGAGUGCAAUGACUAGAUUGACUGCUCGGGUUCAGAAGGUUAGGGAUGAGCUUGAGCAAUUACUAGAUGAUGAUGACGACAUGGCAGAUCUGUAUUUGUCAAGAAAAUUGGCUGGUGCGUCAUCACCUGUAAGUGGCUCUGUUGCUACUAUUUGGGGACCUGGUUCACCAACUAUAGGCUCAAAGAUAUCUAGAGCAAGCAAGGCAAGUGCAGCAACACUUCAUGGGAAUGAAAAUGAUGUUGAGGAGCUAGAAAUGUUACUUGAGGCAUACUUCAUGCAGAUUGAUGGAACAUUAAACAAGUUAACUACGCUCCGUGAGUACAUUGAUGAUACAGAGGACUACAUAAACAUUCAACUUGAUAACCAUCGCAAUCAAUUGAUUCAGCUUGAGCUUUUUCUUAGCUCUGCAACAGUUGCUCUUUCCAUCUACGCAUUAGUCGCUGGAAUUUUUGGGAUGAAUAUACCAUAUUCAUGGAAUAAUAACCAUGGUUAUGUCUUCAGACUGGUGGUGAUCAUCUCAGGUAUAGCAUCUGCUCUACUUUUUGUUGCAAUCAUUGUAUAUGCUCGUCAGAAAGGUCUUGUUGGCUCUUGAUUUUGUAGCAUGUUGAAAUAGUUAGCAGCCAAUGGGAUAAUAAAUUCAUAGGCUGUUCAUACCAUUUCAGUUUAUACCUCCUUUACCAUUGUUGUUGUGAUAUGGCUUAAUUCUUGUAGUGAUGCAUCCUUUUUAGGAGCUACAUACAUUAGCGGUACAAACACAAUACUAGAAUAGGAUAUUUUUUCUUUUGUAAUGUGAUAAUGUAAUCAAACCAUGCUCAAUAAUUUCAUAUAAUUGCUGAUUGUCAUUUCA